UACAAAAAUACAAAAACAAGAAACAUAAAAACAAGUGCAAUAAGUCGAGACACAGUGCACUGAUUGUUGACUCAAAUUUUAAGUGCUACAAAUUUUCAGUUUUGUUUAUUUUUGUUUCGUUUUAUUUUGGUCGCCAACAAUUGGCGCAAAAAACAUACAAAGAUAGUAUGGACCUGAAAAUGGAGCUGGGCGGUUAUAUGCAAUCAUCACCCAAUGCCAAACGAUUCGUGGUCGAGGAUUCGAUUACCAAGGUCACUUCUGACGGGGAACCGCAUGGAAUGAUGACAAUGGUGGCUGGAUUAUCUGGACUACUGGCAGCCAUUAUAAUUCUAGCCGUUUUGGCCUCCAUGGUGGCCUGUCGCAAGCAGCGAAGUCCCUUAAAACGUAAGAGCCGCAGUUCCACUAACGUGGCCAUGACCAGUGUCCAGUCAGAUCAACCGCAAUUGGCUGGAAAUUUGAAUGCUGCUUUCGCCGAGAGCACCUUGACCCUGGACAAGGUAAAGGCUCAAGACCAGGAGACGCAGUGGCAGCCGACAUCAGUGGUUGUGGUGGAGCGGUAUUAAUUAUGGCACCUACUGGGACGCGUGUGGUUUUUUUUUAUUUUGUUUAGUAAACCUUUGAGACUGAGACUUAGCCUAAGGACUUCCAGAAUUAUCUUUUAUGAUAUAUAUGUAUAUUUACCUAAUAUUUUUUUGUACUGUUAAAAUUCAUAGAGAAAACAUAUUUAUAUUUGAACUGUAUUUAUAAAACUUAUCAGAAAAUUCAAAUGAAAUGUAA